UGGUGUAGAUGUUUGCAAUUAACAAAAUACAUUAAUUAUUCGGUACUAGAUUGCAUAUGCAUUAGUUCACCAUGCCGAUCAUUUGCUCCGCAGUACAAUGCCAAAAUAAAUUCAUAAAAGGCUCCGAAAUCCGCUUCUAUCGGUUCCCCAUCAGUAAGCCUCAGCUUGCGGAGCAGUGGGUGCGUAGUCUGGGCCGUAAGAACUUUGUUCCAACCACCAACUCCUGCCUGUGCUCCGAACACUUCCAGUCCGACUGUUUCAGGGACUACAAUGGGAAACCUUUUCUCAGGGAGGAUGCAGUCCCCACCAUUUUCAGCUGGAACAAACAGGCUGAGGGGCGUAGGCGUGGAUACGGAGGAGAGCUGAGCAGACUGGGAGUCACACAAGGCACCGCACUCAAACAACUGGGGAAGAGACAGUCCAGUAAAGAUGCCAGGGGGAAGAUGAUGAUGAAGAAGAGAGGAAGAGGAGGAAUGACCCAAGGGCAACAGAUGGCUGGGAAGAACAAGGUGUAUGACGGUCAAGGCCUGCUGGUGUCGUGUGGGCGCGAUCUGUGCGACUGUCUGGACUCGGACUGCCUGGGCUGCUUUUACCCCUGCCCCGACUGCGGCUCGCGCAAGUGCGGCGUGGAGUGCCGCUGCGACCGGAAGUGGCUCUACGAGCAGGUGGAGGUGGAGGGCGGCGAGAUCAUACGCAACAAGUACGCCUAGCGACCACACCACAACCAGACCCGGGGCGCCGCCCACCAACUGGGAUGGGAUGGGGUGUGAUGUGGGCAAUGGGGGUGUGGUUUUAUCUGCAGGUGGAGGUGGAGGGCGGCGAGAUCAUACGCAACAAGUACGCCUAGCGACCACACCACACCGGAGCGCCUAGCAACCAGACUGGGGGCGCCGCCAACCAACUAGGAUGGGGUGUGAUGUGGGAUCACAGGGAUGUGAUGUGGGUGGGCAAGGGGGUGUGGCUCUAUCUGCAGGAGGAGGUGGAGGAGGGUGGAUAGAUCGUACCCUACUACAAGUACGCCUUUCAACUACACCAAGGUGCCUAACAACUAGGAUGGGAUGUGAUGUGGGUGGGCAAGGGGGUGUGGCUCUAUCUGCAGGAGGAGGUGGAGGAGGGUGGAUAGAUCGUACCCUACUACAAGUACGCCUUUCAACUACACCAAGGUGCCUAACAACUAGGAUGGGAUGUGAUGUGGGAAAGUGGGGGAGGUCAGAGAGACCGUACGCAACUAUGUAUGCCUAGUGACCACACUGGGACGCCUUGGGACCAGGGGGUGGGCAAGGGGGUGUGUGGCUCUACGAGCAGUUUGGAGGUGGAGGGUGGACAGAUCAUAGGCAACAAGUACGCCUAGCAACCAGAGCGUGGCGCCCAGUAAGCAGGGUUCGCAUCAACUGGCGCACCUGGCAACCAGGCUGCCAGGAAUGUGUGUGAGAAGGGGAUGUGGCACCUUAGCUACAAGA